GUCAAUGCUCAAGUUCUCAAAGAAAAGGAUUUUCCCCAUUCUCUACCUCUGUUGACGAGGCUACGGCUGCGAUUUACGGACGACAUUGAUUCGAAAUGGGCGGAUAUAAUUCUUCUGGGAUGCUUUUACACUACUGGGAUGGUGGAUGCUAUUGCUUUCAACACCUGGAGUUGUUUCGUUGGCAUGCAGACAGGAAACACCAUAUUCGCAGGCCUUGGAGUCAGUCAUCUUCCUGACAACGUUCCGCGCUACACUUGGGCCAAAUCGCUGGUUGCUAUCCUAUCAUUCUGCUGCGGAGCUCUCUUCUUCUCACGAUGGCACCGAACAUUUGGACCUCUCAAGCGAUGGGUGAUCAUGUCCUCAUUUUUCAUCCAAACCUCGUUCAUGAUCAUCACCGCCUCAUUAAUCUCUGCACGCGUGGUUGCGAAAACGGAAGAGACCGCCGAUGCCGGAACCAGCGAUAUGACUUCCCAAUUCCCCUGGCACGAACUGUGUCCCAUCGCUCUGUUGGCUUUCCAGAGUGCUGGACAGAUCGUGGCAGGCCGGAUGCUGAAAUAUAACGCCUUGCCGACCGUGGUUCUGACGAGCUUGUUUUGUGAUCUGAUGAGUGACCCAGAUCUGUUUACGGCUGGUUUACUCCAGGACCCAGACCGUAACAGGAGGUUCAUGGGCGCAGUGUUACUGUUCGCUGGUGCAACGGUCUCUGGAGCUUUGGUCAAGACUUCGAUAGGAUAUUCUGGUGCUCUAUGGAUCGCAACAGGUGUAAAAGGUGCGAUGGUACUAGCAUGGUUGGUAUGGAAUCCAAAGAGACCUCCCAAAGGUCAACGAUGAUAGAGCCAGAAUUGCUCCAGUAUAGAAUCGCGUCAAUGUAGAAUUGCUGUUCACCAUCGCUUCUCUCCUUGGAUUGUCGCUACCACUUUUCUUGAAUGUUUGGAGGCGCGAAAC